ACUGGAAAAGUUCCGAGAAGCGAAAACCGAGAAGCGGGCGUUACACCCCGGCCAGUCCGUCCAGCCUGCCCCGGGACGCAACUACUGCUAUGGCCGCGACGACUCGUCCUUAACGGGGCUUGUCGUUGUCCAGCUCCGCCGGGUUCAACAGGAUCCGGAGGUGCUCUCCAGUGCAAGAUGAAUGUGGGCGUGGCCAAGCGCUGUUUGAAGAGAUUACUGGACGAGCCCCAGGAUGCGUCGCCCAAAUGCAAAAGAGUCUGUCCGGACCUUCCGCCGCCGCCGCCGCCUCCUCCCGACGCGAGCGCAGCGGUUCACCUCAGUCCGGUGGUCAAAGGUCGCUCCCCUAAAUCCAACCACAGCCAAUCAAAAGUCAAGGUUGGGCCUUACUUCCUGUUUGAGCGCUGCGAGGGCGAGGACACGUACAGAGCGGUGCACGCCGCCACACAGCAACAGUACACAUGUCAGGUCUUGCCCCUGCACAGCUACCAGGAGAAGUUGGCGGCCUACGCCCGGCUGGGUCGCCACGACAACAUCUGCGGCCUCCUGGACACGGUGAUACGGCCGGACGGCGCCUACCUGUUCCUGCCGCCUCAUCACGGCGACAUGCACGCGUACGUGCGCAGCACAAAGCGCCUGGGCGAGGAGGAAGCGGGGCUCCUGUUUGCGCAGAUGCUCCAGGCGGUGGCGCACUGCCACCGCAGCGGCGUGGUGCUAAGGGACGUCAAGCUGCGCCGCUUCGUCUUCGCCGACAGAUUCAGGACCCGCGUGGCGCUCCUCGGCCUCAACGACUGCGUCAUCCUCCAGCCCGGCGAAUCGGACUCCCUCUCGGACCGCCACGGCUGCCCCGCCUACGUGGGCCCCGAGCUACUGGCCAGCGGCAAGGCGUCGUACUCGGGCCGCGCCGCUGACGUCUGGAGCCUGGGCGUGUCCCUGUACACCAUGCUGAUGGGACGCUACCCCUUCCAGGACACCCGGCCCGCCGCCCUCUUUGCCAAGAUCCGGCGCGGGGCCUUCAGCCUCCCAGCCUGGCUGUCUCCGCCGGCCAAGUGCUUGAUCGCGUGCAUGCUGCGGAAAUCCCCCGCCGAACGCCUGCGGGCGUCCGAGCUGCUGAUGCACCCGUGGUUGAACGGUCGCCGCGCCGCGCCGACGGCGUCGCACGCGAUCCUGCUGCGCGCUUCGGGGGGCCGGGCGCUGGAGUUGAGGCAUGGGGAUGACGAAGGCGGUGACCAGGUGGUGCCCACGUGCGCCCAAAAGCACUAACGAAACAUUCAUGAACUUGACACUACUCCAGAGUCCUGGAUUACUUGAGCCUCAAGUGCCUUCAACCCCCCCCCCCCUCUCCCCCCAGCAGCAACGGCUCUUUAUCAAACACCAAAAGACUGUACACGAAAUCCUACAAAAUGGCAGCAACCUAUUUCAACAUAGUUACUUUACAACAAGAUGCCACAAGCAGAGCGCCAUUUUCACCCAGAUGAAACUCGACUCACUUCAACUCGGUGCCUUGACUAACAAGAUGGUGGCACGGUAUUAGUUUUGUCUGACUGAAACGCCACAACCCAUAUCAACAUGGUUCAUUGAUGCCGGCAAAACACGAUUUUAGUCUAAAUUAAACUCCCGCUGGUCUCCCGAAAGAUCCCAAGUCCAAAGUAUAAGGGAGCAAGGAAUAAGUGACUGAUUCUCGAACAGCGUAGCGGCUGUUAUGUGAAACACCCUAAAAUGCCACAAGAUGGCGCCAAAGCAG